GUGGCUGGCGUCAGGACACACUACCACACAGGCCUACUUGCGGAGCGCUCCGGAGACUUCGACGCGCGGUUGGAACGCGAACCACGGCUCAUUGACGCAUGAUACAGUAACUGUACCACUUGUGGCCAUGGGCCCCGCUACGUUCAUUGCCCUGCUGGCUGCUCUCCUGAUAGGAUCAGAAAAUGUUGAGAGCCAGCGCAGAGUUAUCGGCAGAGAGCCUCCUUCGACCGACGGCUGGCGCCCGGUGGCUGGCAGCACGGAGCAGCCGCGCUACAGCACGCAGGCCGUGGGCCACCCCGUGCUCGACAAGCUGAGGGCGCACCUCGAGGACGCCGAGCGCCGUAAGGUGGCCACCACGCCCACGCCCAGCGUGCUCGCCUCCUUCAGUGCGGUGGGCCCGCGGCGCGACCAGAACGCGGGCUUCUCGGGCCGCCUGGUGCCGCCCCCGCGCGACCAGCCGCCCCCCGCCACCUUCCCCGAGGACAGCCGCGACCUGUCGGCGGCGCAGCAGACGCACCCCGGGCCCUACUACCUGCACUCGCUGCUGCCGCCCCCGCGCGCCUCCGACUUCCUGCUCGAGGGGCCGGGCGCGGGCUCCGCCUCCUCCUACGUCAGCUUCCCGCCCUUCUCCAGCGACGCGUACUUUGGCGGCAGCAAGCAGCAAGCGACGCAGCAGCUCCACUUCUUCCCGCAGCAGCCGCAGGCCCAACCCCAGACACAGACACAGCAGGACGCCUUCGCCAGUCUGCCUCAGCGACACACGUAUUACCAGCAGCAGCCGCAACAGUACCAGCAACAGCAACCACAGCAGCAGCCGGACUACGUGCUGUCGACACAGCACCGUCAGCACCCGGCCGCCGUCUCGUCGCAGUACACCAGCCACCAGGCGAUUGCCGCCGCCUCACCAGGACUCGGCGCCGGGCAAGCACCAAGUGUCUUCGGCGGACGCGAGCCGGCGGCGGCCACGUCCCGGCCGCAAGGGGCGGCCCCACCCACACACACGGCAACCGCCGGCAGCGUCACCUUCCACGGCAACAUUCGCGACGAGGCGGCCUACGUGAGCGCCUCCUCGCUGGGAGGGCAGGGCCACCGCUUCGAGACCAAGCGGCCGACGGCGUCGCUGGGCAACUACUCCCCGGGCCCCUCGACGACUACCGUCACGCAGUACCCGCAGCAGGCCGUAGCGCUCUUCCAACAGCAGGCGUACACGCCGAGCUACGCGGAGCAGCCGGUGCACACGUCGGCCAGCGUCGUCGGCUUCACGCUGGGCGUGUCGGACGACCGGGGCACGACCGCGGGGAGUCAAGUGGAGACGCCCGCUCAGCUCCCUCCACAGUACUUCCAGCUGCAGCAGCAGCAGCCGCAGACGUUCCUCCGCGAGCAGCCGGGCGCGCAGACCAACUCGCUGCAGCGGCCGGGCGCCGGCGUUCGUCAACCGGACGGUGUGGCGGUCGCCGACAAGCCGGGCAGGAAGCGGCGGCCUUCCGCGGGCCAGAAGAAGCCCGCGUACGUCGAGGCCACCGGGGACGUGCAGGACGCGAGGACGCCGCCCCAGCCUCCACCGCGCCAGCACAGCACGUACGUCCUGCAACAGCAGUACCAACCGGAAACGCAGCAGAAUACACAGCAGCAGAACGCCCGGCCCGCCUCCUGGCCGCCAACGGCACCUCAGGACCACGGCGCUUCCGAGCCGACAGCUCCACAACAGGUGGCUACACAGCAGGAAGCGUCGCUGCGACAGAGCCACGAAGGUCGGAGGCGGCCACCGCAGGCUCACCAGCCGGAAGCUUCCACGCAGCAACCCGUCCAGUACCAGGAAGAGGCGGCCCAGCAAGACACGCCUCGUCAGCACGCUAGGAGGCCGCCCCAGAGACAACAGUUCUCCCCGUCUGCUCGAGGCCCGACGUCUACUCCCCAGCUGGAACAACCUGCGGCCGGUGGCGAAUACCGUCCGCAGCGCCGCCGCAGACCUACCCAGACCCGGUUUGAGCGCCCGGCAGUCACUGGACCCGGUGAGCAGGACACAGCGCAACAACAAGAAGCAGCUAUCCGUCACCAACAGACGUACUACCAGAAUACGGCCAACGAGGAUGCUGCCACUGCACCAGAUGCUGCGGGGGAGGUUCCCUCUGCACCUUCAGCACCGGCAUCCGCUGAUGGUCAAGUGCCACGUGAACAUCUUCGGAGGAGGCCACAAAACAAGCAGAAGUACCAUAUCACCAUGGAUAGCGACAAGCGGACAGUCGGUAGCAACGACUGGGAACAGACGCAGAACACUGUGAAGCCGACUCGCCCACACACGAGAAGACCAGUACAGAAACAAAACACGCAAAUCGACUUUGCUACGGAGGAGAACUCUGCUCACAGUCAGCCACAGCCCACAGCUCAUGAGGGCCGUCCGCAGCAGAGGAGAAGGCCAGUGCGUCCUCAGCACAGAAACCCUCCAGCGUCUUCGCUGAACACCUACACAGCCAGUGAGAACUAUCCCCAAACCCAAAGAGACGAAGAAACGUACACGAAUGUAGCUAACAGGCCUGAAGAAAUUCCUCGUGAAGAGGCAUCCCCAGCCGCUGCACAAAACCAGGAAGUUGAACAACAAGUUUUCACUCGGAGACCUUCUAGCAGAUAUUCUACGACUGAGAGUGUUGUCCAGGCAGCAAUAGAGUCCCAAGUCGAAGGGCAAUCUAGCCAACGCACGAGAGUUCGGCAACAGCACGUCUCCCGCAGACCUGCGCAAGGGAGCCAGCAGGAGGAACCGACUACCGUCGCCCAUUACCGGAGGCCCCUCCACCCGUCGAGGAGACCGCAGUACAAGAAGCGCGUUCGCCCGACUAGACCGCAACCGGAAUACGACAGCGAGCCGGCAAGCCAGCAGGAAACGACAAAUGACCCCGUCAGUCAGAGCGACAAUUCGGGAGAUUACGUGCAAGACUACAGGCUGGCGGAAUUGAAGAAGGUGCAGAGGCAACGGUACAAACGGCCACAGACGUCGCAAAACUUUGCUGAAGACGUGCCGGCGCGCACUGCGGCCGUUGCCAAUACGGCUUACCAGCUGCAGUCCAGCUCGCCACUGGACGCCGAGGACAAUUAUUACGCCGUGGACGAGCAGACGGCGCCUGCUCCUGCGCAGAAGUUUCGCCAGAGGGUCAACCAACAGGGGGUUAUCCGGGGCAAGACCAAAUACCACAGGGAGCAGCUGACCGAGACAGACACGCCUUUUCCAGAGCCGACGGAGCAAGUCUACGUGGAAGAACUGCCUGUACAGACGGAAUCAGAUUUCGAGAACGAUGUACUGGGAGGCGGAACCGACGCGCGCUUUCCGUCGGCGGUAGAUUUCGCCGCUGAUGAGGAAGACUCGGCCUCCGCUGUCAGCGAGCCCCCGGCGACGACGACGACGACGUCGACUACGACGAGCACCACCACAACGACGACGACUACGCCGGCACCGUCCACCAGUAGGCCUGCCAGCACCGUGUCCUCCGCUCUGGAGAAGUUGCGUCAGAGAUCAAGGUACAACGCGACGCGGCCUCGUUUCAGCGUGCGAGACUUCCAGGAGCGCCUUAACCGGCUGUCCACCAGCACUGCGGCGCCGGAGGUCUCGGCGUCAGAGACCACGGAGGCGGCGACUGUCCCGCGCUUCUCUGGGCGCACGCGUGCCUCUACGGCCGCCCCCGCAGACCCGGAGGCGGCCCGCCCCCGGCCCGCUGCCCGCGAUCCCGCCCGCGUCAACAGCGCGCGCUACAGGGCCUCUACUGCCCCCACCUCCACCACGGCUGCCACGCCCUCCACUAGGUACAAGUACAAAAGCCGCUACCGGUCCACGCUCAGCACGUCCACUACCACAGAAGACCCGACAGUAGCGACGACGUUGGCAGCGCCGACGCCGUCGGCCAUCGUCUCGCGGCCUUCGCUGCGCACUAAGGGCAUCUUCUCGGCGGUGCGGCCCAACCCUCUGCUGCGUACGGCCACCAGCGUCGCCACCACCACCAGCACGACCACGACGACCACCACCACAACGCCGACCGCACCCACCACUGUCGCCGCCGUUGCCGAGUCAGCCGACGAGACGCCGUCCGCCCCCUCGGCGCCUUCUGCUCCGGGCGUCUUCGGCGUCAGGACUGCGCAGCCGGCCGUCGGCGUGGACGACGAGCAGUCUCAGUCGCUCAGGAUUGCCGAACUGACUCUGGCGGCCGGUCCGCGAGUGCCUAGUAGCGCCGCCGUCGCCGCAGCCACUGCCGCCACGACGCCCGCGUCGCAGCCCCCUCAGCAGACGACGGACCUGCUGUCGGCCUACUGGGCGCAGCGGGAGCCUUCGGCGCCGCCCGCUCUCUCCACGCACGCCUCCCCGCACUACUCGGCCGCUGCCGCGGACAAUGAUCACCCCAGCUCUGCCGCCACCCCCGACUCCACCUCCUACCCGGCCACGGCCGCAGACUCGUUACCGGACCAGUCGUCGACGUCGCACCAGUGGAGUGACGACGCCGUCCCGCCCACGCAGAUGAUCGCCGACCUCACGUCAUCCGCUUCGGCCUCCGACUUCUUCCAGAAGUCCGUGCCCUCCCAGCACUCACUGAGGAUCACCAUGGCAACCGACGAUCCCAUCCUGCCACUCGAGGCCUUCUUCCCCUCGUGGGGUGGGAAGGAAGACAGCAACCGGCGGUAGCGAGCUAAUCGUUUAAGCCACCGCCGAGAGACUUCAUCAUAAUCACCGUCAUUGUUCAGUAUUAUUUAUUUUUCGAUAACAUUUCAGUUACGACAAGGAUUAUUUCCUAUUUGAAAUAUUUAUAUGUAAAUCGUGUACAGGAUGUACCAUAACGAUAGCGAUAAUUUCCCAGGGGUUGUAGAGUCUCCUUUGAGGAACAAGUCGAGAAUGGAGAUCCAUGGCAGGGAAAGUCACCCAUAUACGCUGCAGUGCAUCGAAGUUAGAGGGACCAACGCCUUCCGCGAGGCCGCCUCUUCAUUUAACACGUACAUGUAAAUUAUGCAAGUCACCAUAGGGUGUAUGGCAGAGAGUACCUUGUACCACUACUAGUCAUUUUCUUAUCUAUUUUUGGAAAACAUUACUGAAACAACCAGCGACUUGAUUAGAUAAUUAGAAAAAAUAAUCCGUCUUGAUCGCAAAUUUUUAUUAAAAACUAAAAAAUACAGGUGAAUGGUAGCCGGUUUCGGUCACGUCUACAUCAUCAUCGGAGUAGUUCUCUGCAGUGCAAAAGAUUACUCCCCUUAGUGAAAAGCAGGUACCAAAACUAUACAGUCUAUCUACACAACAAAGUACGAAUACACGAUCAUAAGAAACUAGAAAGGCUUUUUUAGAGUGAGGCGGUAAGCAUAGACGACAAGCGGAGCACUGACAGGUGUUGGAAGACACCCCCAGCAACUGCUAACUAGCAUCAAAAUGGUGUGCGUUAUAGAAGAGAAGCUCUGUCCCUCGCUUGCUGCAUGACAUCAUGAAUUCCAGAGACAUGGUCUGAUGAUGAACUAGGUAUAAUCGAAAGCGGUUAGCAAUGACAGGUAACUUUUAGCGUUUAAUAAAAAUUUGCCGUCAAGACUGAGUGUUAUAUGAAAUUUCCUUAUCUGUCUCCAAUCGCAAUUGAAGUGAGGAUAAAACGACUGUUACAUGGUUCCGUAUGAGCAUUAAUUUCCUUCAUUUUGUUUUCGCGGACCUCGCGCGAAAUGUACGUUGGCGGCAGUACAAUCGUUCUCCAGUCAGCUACAGUCAGCUACAAACGGUGGUUCUCCGAAUUUUCUCAGUAGUAUUCCUCGAAAUGAACGUCGUCUUCCCCCAAGACAUACCCAAGUGAGUUCAUGGAGCAUUUCCGCAAUACUCGCGUGUUAAUCGAAUCUACCGGCAACAAAUCUAGCAGCACGCCUUUGACUUGAUUCGAUGUCUUUCUUCAGCAGCAAAUAUAUGUUUUUACGCUGACGGACCUCAAGCGUAACCUCUCGCAAUGGGCUUGACAGCACUCAGUUGGUUAGAUGGGAUCGAACGCAUCCGCAUCUGCGACAACAGCAUCGCUGAUGUUCUGUGAGCGCUAAAAGUCGCGUUUGCUUGUAGUCUAACGGAAUGCGUUAAACCGUACGAAUACAACGUUUUACAGCGCCGUUGCAAGACAAUUUACAGACACGAGUUCCUAUCCUCACCUUGUUCCUCAAGGUACUCUCUAUGAACCUUCCAAGUUUUUCGGUAUCAUUUUGUACACAUUGUUUGACUCAAAUGUGUGGUGCUCAGUGAUGUACUUUCUCCAGGAAAAACAAUCGAAGGGUUAAUUUAUUGCCAAUCAUUAAGUGAUUAGUUAUUGACAGCGUUAUUUGAACGAAAAGGGGGUAGGGUUCAAGUCUCUUGCAGACAGCAUGUCUUUCAUACAUUCAUAAGCAAGAGUCAUUUAAAAAGCAUUUAAUGUGUUCGGCUAACAACAUUACCCGCACACAUGUGGACUUAACAGAGACGUCAUAUUGUGAUGUGUUGCGGAAUUUGUUUUGAGCCACGGAACGUACUGGAAGCUUUGUUUGUGUAAUUGUCAUUAUGUAUUUAUUAGUUUACGUAAGUAUAAGAAGGAGAUUCAGUGCACAUGUGAUUCAUCCAUACCAUCCAAGUAUCUUAUCGCUUCCUUUUUCAGAGUAAAUUAUGUACAA